GCCGGUGUCUGAGAGGCGGCGGCGGUGCCGCCGCGAGCCCCGAGCCCCGAGCCCAUCCCGGCCCGGCCCGCGCUCUCCGCCCCCGCCUCCCGGGCCGGCGGCGGCGGCGGCGACUGCGGGCGAGCGUGCGGGGCCCGGGCCGCCCCCAGCCCCAGCCCCGCCGGGCCCCGCCCCCCGCCGAGUGCAUGAGGUUGACGCUACUUUGUUGCACCUGGAGGGAAGAACGUAUGGGAGAGGAAGGAAGCGAGUUGCCCGUGUGUGCAAGCUGCGGCCAGAGGAUCUAUGAUGGCCAGUACCUCCAGGCCCUGAAUGCUGACUGGCACUCAGACUGCUUCAGGUGUUGCGAAUGCAGUGCCUCCCUUUCACACCAGUACUACGAGAAGGAUGGGCAGCUCUUCUGCAAGAAGGACUACUGGGCCCGCUAUGGCGAGUCUUGCCACGGGUGCUCAGAGCACAUCACCAAGGGGCUGGUCAUGGUGGCCGGGGAGCUGAAAUACCACCCCGAAUGCUUCAUCUGCCUCACAUGUGGGACCUUCAUCGGUGACGGAGACACCUACACUCUGGUGGAGCACUCCAAGCUGUACUGCGGACACUGCUACUACCAGACUGUGGUGACCCCCGUCAUUGAGCAGAUCCUGCCUGAUUCCCCCAGCUCCCACCUGCCCCACACAGUCACCCUCGUAUCCAUCCCAGCCUCAGCUCAUGGCAAACGUGGCCUCUCGGUCUCCAUCGACCCCCCUCACGGCCUGCCAGGCUGCAGCACAGAGCACUCCCACACCGUCCGCGUCCAGGGAGUGGACCCGGGCUGCAUGAGCCCGGAUGUGAAGAAUUCCAUCCACGUUGGAGACCGGAUCCUGGAAAUCAAUGGCACGCCCAUCCGGAAUGUGCCCUUGGACGAGAUUGAUCUGCUGAUCCAGGAAACCAGCCGCCUGCUCCAGCUGACUCUUGAGCAUGACCCCCAUGACACACUGAGCCACGGGCUGGGGCCUGAGUCCAGCCCCCUGGUCUCCCCGGUUCACACUCCCAGCGGGGAGGCGGGCAGCUCCGGCCGGCAGAAGCCUGUCCUGAGGAGCUGCAGCAUCGACAGGUCCCCGGGCGCCGGCUCGCUGGGCUCCCCGGCCUCCCAGCACAAGGACCUGGGUCGCUCCGAGUCCCUCCGUGUGGUCUGCCGGCCGCACCGCAUCUUCCGGCCUUCGGACCUCAUCCACGGGGAGGUGCUGGGAAAGGGCUGCUUCGGCCAGGCCAUCAAGGUGACACACCGGGAGACAGGCGAGGUGAUGGUGAUGAAGGAGCUGAUCCGCUUCGAUGAGGAGACGCAGCGGACGUUCCUCAAGGAGGUGAAGGUCAUGCGAUGCCUGGAGCACCCCAACGUGCUCAAGUUCAUCGGGGUGCUCUACAAGGACAAGAGGCUCAAUUUCAUCACCGAGUACAUCAAGGGUGGCACGCUCCGGGGCCUCAUCAAGGGCAUGCCUGGUCAUUCUCCCCACCUCCAGGACAGCCAGUACCCGUGGAGUCAGAGGGUGAGCUUUGCCAAGGACAUCGCUUCGGGGAUGGCCUACCUCCACUCCAUGAACAUCAUCCACCGGGACCUGAACUCCCACAACUGCCUGGUUCGUGAGAACAAGAACGUGGUGGUGGCCGACUUCGGGCUGGCGCGGCUCAUGGUGGACGAGAAGACGCAGCCCGAGGGCCUGCGGAGCCUCGAGAAGCCAGACCGGAAGAAGCGUUACACGGUGGUGGGCAACCCCUACUGGAUGGCGCCCGAGAUGAUCCACGGCCGCAGCUACGAUGAGAAGGUGGAUGUGUUUUCCUUUGGAAUCGUCCUGUGUGAGAUCAUCGGACGGGUGAAAGCUGACCCAGACUACCUGCCGCGCACCAUGGAUUUUGGCCUCAAUGUGCGAGGCUUCCUGGACCGCUACUGCCCCCCAAACUGCCCCCCAAGCUUCUUCCCCAUUACUGUGCGCUGCUGCGAUCUGGACCCCGAGAAGAGGCCCUCUUUCGUGAAGCUGGAGCAGUGGCUGGAGACCCUCCACAUGCACUUGGCCGGCCACCUGCCACUGGGCUCACAGCUGGAGCAGCUAGACAGGGGCUUCUGGGAGACCUACCGGCGCGGCGAGAGUGGACUGCCUGCCCACCCCGAGGUCCCCGACUGAGACCGGCCCGCCCAGCUGCCCCUGUCCCCGACUCGGGAGAAUCCACCCUGCAGCAGAUUCCUCUGUAUGCGGUGGCCGGGUGUGGCACCCUCAGCGGGGCAGCGGACGCCCAGACCCCUCCCCAGCGCCAGGCCCUAACUUGCCUUCUACCCUGUGGGCCGUGGCCCCUGCCCUUUCUCUGCCCCCGGCCCCAGAGCUGGUCUGGCUGCACAGACACCGUCACCUCGCCCUGCCUUACCUCUGUCUUGGUGGGGCCGCCCCCUCACGCUUCUCCUUGCAUGAGCUGGAGGACCCGUGUGAGCUGUCCCCCCUCCCAUACCCGGUACCCUAUCCCACACCCGCUGCCCCGGCUGUCCUGUGCACACUCUGCCCGUCUGCAGCUCCUCCGAGGCUGGGCCAGAGGACAGAUAGCCUCAGACCGUGGCUCGUCACAUGUAUUCCCAGGAGCCAAACAGGGAGUCUGGGGCCCAUCACCCCCCCAGGGGGUGUCUAGGUAGCAUCAGGUAUUGAUAAUUAUCCAAACCCCCAAAGCAGAGAGAGGUCGUCUCCUAUGGGGGGGGGGAAAUCCCCGUGGCUGGGCAACAGCCCUCCCUCGCUUUGGGUCUUUUUGUUUCUUUAUUGAAGCCACUUUAGUGAGAAGCAGGUACCAGGCCUCAGGGUGAAGGGAGGGUCCCUGGAGGGAGAGGGGAGCCAUGGUCCCAGGGCCAGAGCUGCUGGGAGGAGCGGCAGAAGGAGGCUGGGCAGAGUGGACGAGGCCGUGUCCACCGGCAUCCCAGCCCCCUGAAGUUCAUCUCAGCACCCCUCCCGGGCCUCUCCCCGAGGCUCCCUGCCAGUGGCCAGAGCAGCCCCUGCCCCUCCCCAAGCCCCUCUGUCCUCUGGGUUCUUUCUGUGUAAUCUAUUUUUUAAGAAGAGUUUGUAUUAUUUUUUCAUACGGCUGCAGCAGCAGCAGCUGCUGGGGGCUUGGGGUUUUAUUUUUUUGGCGGGCGGGGGUGGGGGGGCCAUUUUGUCACUUUGCCUCAGUUGAGCAUCUAGGAAGUAUUAAGACUGUGAAGCCUUCUCAGUGCACUUUGAACCUGGAAAGCAAUUGAAACAGGCCCAUGGAACUAUGACUCAGGGAGGUGGGACACAGUCACCUCCAUCCAGGAAUCACGACGUCUAAGGAACAAAACCCAGACUCAGAAUAAUAAAAUAAAUUCUGUACUCCCCACCA